UCUCGGAGCUGUACAGUAUACUACCGGUAUUGCAUUAUAGAUGCAAAUACAACUGCAUGUGUUUGACGUUCUCCGAGUAAAAUUAUCUAUGAUGGACACUCAUCAAUGCCGUUUCGAAAUGUCUGAUACAGAGUUCUACCUGCAUGUCACCGAAAGAGGAAUUCUAAUUUUUAUAGAAAGUGAACUGCAGUGUGAUUCAUGGGCGAAAGUUCCGAACACCCCUCUCAAAAGCAUUAUUUUAAAUUGUUUUAAGCAAGGACUUGAAGCUUAUCCUGAAGAACUUAACGGGUCAUGCACUCUUUUCAGGACGGAAUAUGAUAAAGAUAGAGCAAUUUUUGAGCUGCAAGUUUAUAAAGACACAACAAGAAGAGGAUUUCCAGUGGCAUUUUCCAUCAAGUAUAAUGGGAAGACUUACUAUCUCUACUGUACAAGCUCAAAGGAGCUUUCCUUUAAGGAAGGAGCCCUACCUGCAUAUAUCAGUGGGACAACCAGCGAUAUUAUCUUCUAUCAAAAGACAUUUAGCAGAGGAGACGUAAGGGGCUUUCUGUUCGAAUCUGCUCUGGUCGGAAACCACUUCCUGGCUUUCCAGGAUGGUGAAAAUGGUUCACAAAAACUAAUCCUUAAGCAGUCCUUUGAAGAUGAAGUGGAUGAGUUCAAACGUUUUCAAAUUUCUGCCCCCUAGUAAAUGUUUUUUAAAAUUCAAGUACGUAUAAGCUACGUUUAUACUUUAAGCCUAAAGUCUACUUUAGAAGUAUGUUUUAUUAUUGGAAAUAAAAUGAUGUAUAUUUGUAAUUAUAGAUUAAAAAUAAAAUAUUUCAAUGAGCA